AUUCAAGUCUGCUACUUACAACAGCAACUGAGUCAGUUGCAUUUCUUUUAUAUCAGAUUCCCGGGUUCGAGUGAAAAACAGCCUUUUGACUUGAAGACGGCCUCUUCUGCAUGCACUAUCAUGAACCGGCAGCGUCUUGCUCCACUAAGUCGGAGGCAGGAGCCCCUUUUCCGUUCCAACUCCAGCUUGCCUCUUUAAGGCCUGGAGCCUCCAGCGCUGCGCACCUCUGAACCCGUUGACUGACAGGCAGCCGCCCGCGGGGGGAGGGGGAAAUCGGUGAUGGCGAAAGCGGGGAGGAGUUAUCGGUGGCGAGCGGCGGCCAAUCAGGAGGGCGAGGCGCCCUCUCGGCUCUCUCAUCAGCACCACCCAUCUGUUCGCCUCCUCUCCCUCCCUCCUUCCUUCCUUCCUGUGCCUUUUCUGUGUCAGUUUCAGGAGUCCUGAGCUUGAGCCUGAAACAAAGCAGGAGGCUGGGAAGGGGCUCUCCGAGUUCGCCGAGACGCCGAACUGAGGGGGAGGCUGCCUGCCUUGGCCAAGGCGUCGGGGAGCUGGGUUGUGCCUUUCGCCCUCAGCUCUGCGCAGCGCGAAGCUCCUUUCGAGGAGAGCAUCUGGCUCCCGAGCGGGGCGGGCGGGCAGGGAAAGUUUGCUCGGCUCUUUCCCUCGCCUUUCAGAUCGAGGCGGGUUUUUCCCCAAGGAAGGAUUAAACGGUAGCUUGCCAAUCGCCGACUGCCGACCGCCUCCAGUGUUGCUCGGUCGGCCCCCUCAACUGCGAAAAGCGACAACCUGGCUGGGACGGGGAGAAAAAAGAACAGCAAAAAACUAGCCCGAUCCGGCUUCUCGCAUUGAUCCUGCUCCAGUGCGCCGCGGAGAAGGGGGUUUCCUUGCCUGCUGGAGCCGACAGUCUCCUCGCAAGAAUUCUGAGAGUGUUUCUUUCCUCCCUCUCACCCUCCUUCCCUCCCUCUCUCCUUUUCUCUCGGGAGGUUUAAGGUUCGUUAAGGGAUAACAUUAUUCUUUUUUGAAAACCCAAAGAAGAAAGGGAAGGAGGGAAGGAAGAAAGGAAGGCGAGCCCAGCAGUUGAUUCCUCUCUUCCAAGAAGCGCGCUCCCGAAAAAGCUCGAGAAGGGGGAAAAAGAAGAGGCUCCCGCCCGCGCCUAGCCUUGGGGAUGGAUGAUCAGCCCAGGUUGAUGCAUUCCCACGCCGGAGUGGGAAUGGCUGGCCAUCCGGGCCUGUCCCAGCAUAUGCCGGACGGAGCUGCCGGCACUGAAACCGAGGGAGGACGAAAACAAGACAUCGGGGACAUUUUACAGCAGAUUAUGACCAUCACCGACCAGAGUUUGGAUGAAGCGCAGGCCAGAAAACAUGCUCUAAACUGUCACAGAAUGAAACCUGCACUUUUUAAUGUUUUGUGUGAAAUUAAAGAAAAAACAGUGUUGAGCAUUCGAGGAGCUCAGGAAGAGGAACCCACAGACCCACAGCUAAUGCGGCUGGACAACAUGCUGUUAGCAGAAGGGGUAGCUGGUCCUGAGAAAGGAGGUGGCUCUGCAGCGGCAGCGGCAGCGGCAGCAGCCUCAGGGGGUGCUGGUUCAGACAAUUCUGUAGAACAUUCUGACUACAGAGCAAAACUCUCACAGAUUCGGCAGAUCUACCACACAGAGCUGGAGAAGUAUGAACAGGCAUGUAAUGAGUUCACAACCCAUGUGAUGAAUCUGCUGCGGGAACAGAGUAGGACUCGGCCUAUCUCCCCCAAAGAGAUAGAGAGGAUGGUCAGCAUCAUCCACCGCAAGUUCAGCUCCAUCCAGAUGCAACUCAAACAGAGCACGUGUGAAGCUGUCAUGAUCUUGCGGUCUCGAUUUCUUGAUGCACGGCGAAAGAGAAGAAAUUUCAACAAGCAGGCUACAGAAAUUCUCAAUGAAUAUUUCUAUUCUCAUCUCAGCAACCCUUAUCCCAGUGAGGAAGCCAAAGAGGAACUAGCCAAGAAGUGUGGCAUCACAGUCUCACAGGUAUCAAACUGGUUUGGAAAUAAACGAAUCCGGUACAAGAAGAACAUAGGUAAAUUUCAAGAGGAAGCCAAUAUUUAUGCUGCCAAAACGGCUGUCACUGCUACAAAUGUGUCAGCCCAUGGAAGCCAAGCUAACUCACCCUCAACUCCCAAUUCAGCUGGUUCUUCCAGUUCUUUUAACAUGUCAAACUCUGGAGAUUUGUUCAUGAGCGUGCAGUCACUCAAUGGGGAUUCUUACCAAGGGGCCCAGGUUGGAGCCAACGUGCAGUCACAGGUGGAUACCCUUCGCCAUGUUAUCAGCCAGACAGGAGGAUACAGUGACGGGCUCACAGCAAGUCAGAUGUAUAGUCCGCAGGGCAUCAGUUAAGAAGCAAGAUGACAGCCUGUUUGGUGUUGUGGUUAAGGCACCAGACUAGAAACUGGGAGACUGUGGGUUCUAGUCCCACCUUGGGCAUGAAGCCAGCUACUUGACUUUGGGCCAGUCACUUUCUCUCAGCCCUAGGAAGGAGCCAAUGGCAAACCGCUUCUGAAAAACCUUGCCAAGAAAAUUGAAGGGACUUGUCCAGGCAAUCCCCAGGAGUCAACAAUAACUUGAAGAGACAAAACAAACCAGAAAAAGGCAGGAAACAUGCUUUGCUUACGUUGAUGCAUACCUGCAUUAAAGUAUACACCAUCUUAGAAGAGGCAUUAUCUUCUAUCUCUGAAUGAAAAGGAGAGAAUGCUCCUUUAAGAAGCUGAUUAAUUUAAAUUCUCAUUUUUGUAAAGUAAGUACACUGUGAUAUUUUUACUACUGCCUUAUUAAUUGAAAUACAAUUUCAAUAAAAUAUUUUACUAUUCUAGUCAACUAUUAGAUUAAAUGUUGGGAAACUUAUUCCAGUGUCAUCUUCGAUGAGCAAACCUUUGAGGCAGUUGAAAUUCUCACUUAGUCUACAAUGACAGUAAGCUGUUGCUGGCUUUUUAGAUUCCUUAGUCUCACCUUCUUUUUUGUUGUUUGAUAGUUCCAUUUUAGCCACAUAAUCCAAAGACAGUUUUUCCAUUUCAUAUUUUGCAGCAAAUACCUGAAACAGAUUCCUUUGCCUCCCCAGAAUCGGAUCUAGAAUUAGGGUCAAACUAAACAUUACUUGAAAAAAGAUGAUAUCAAAUAGAAGGUCAGGAAUCUGCACGCAUGAAUGGCUGCUUAUCUAAAUUGGACCUUGCAAGUUACCAAGACUUAGUAUUUUCUUACUUUUGCCUAAUAUAUUAGACUGGCUUUCUUUAACAGAAAAGAUCUUCUUGUUUCCUAAUAAGUUGCACAAAUGCAGCAGGCAGAUUUGGAAUAUAUUCUUUUGCAAAUUGGGUAGAGGCCAGAUAGAUUGCCUGAGACAUCUGAUUAAGAAAUUCAGUAUAAGUUACUGGAAUUGGACUUCUUGUGCAUACAUGAUCCAUAAAUGAUUACUUUAAGGGUUUUCUGUUUGCUUUUUUUUAGUAGAAACUGGGUGAAAUUUGCAGAUGAGCUAGGACUAGGACUGAUAGGUUCAUGUCUUCUAACUGUGACUGAAAUUGGUGCAGAGAGCUGUGAGCACAUUCUUUUAAAAAUGGCUCUUGUUGUGUAUGUUCUCUCUCCCCCCCCAUGUGUAAUUUGAUGAUGGGAAUUGAUAUACAGUUGUAAUAAACGUUUCUGUGCAAAAUUUAGAGUGGGGGAGAGGUGGAAGAGAAAGCAUGUUCUGAGGAAUGAAGAUUUCUCAUCUUGGUAUGACACAGAAUUAUAUUACAGUUAUGUAGGAACCAGGGUGGCACAGUGGUUAGAAUGCCAUAUUGCAGGCUAACUCUGUCCACUGCAAGGAGCUCAGUGCUGACCAGCUUAAAAUUUACUCAGCCUUCCAUCCUUCUGAGGUUGGUAACAUGGGGGUCCAGAUUGUUGGGGACAAUACGCUAAUGUUGUAAACCGCUAAGAGAGUGCUAUAAAGCACUGUAUAGCAGUAUAUAAGUCUAAAUGCUAUUGCAUCUGUUAAAUCCUGGGGGCGAUGGCGAAUGAAAAAUACACAUGUUCCUGGAACAGCUCUUUAUUGUGCUUAUUUCAAACUCCAACAACGAGCAAAGGCACACAGGCCUCCUUUUAUACAUCCCCAUUCCCCAGACAAGAUGGCAACAUUACUAGGCACUUUUUGCGCCUUACGCAUGUGCGCUUGGUCGCCGCCACUCAGUCUGGUCCCGGGCAGCUUUUGCAAUUGCCCGGGAACCUUGCAAUGUCCCGAGCCUGCAUUUGCAGGCUCAGGACACAACAGCAUCCAUGUUCCACAGCAUGUGGCAGUCUCCAUGUGAAUCCUAGAUUUAUCCUCCAUAACUUUUCUAUUGUAAGGAGAGAGCUUCCGGAGAGGAUCCAGCAGUGCUUGAAGUUACUCAGAAUUAGUCCCUGAACAACAUAUCUAGGAAAUCAAUAAUAAAAUCGCAUCUGAAACAAUAAUCUUAUGUCAGCUCUGAAAUUGCAUGGGGGAUGAGGACAAAAACAAUAGCAUGUGAGGCCAGCAAACAGUCUAAUAAUUAAGUGGUAGUUAAAUGGAGCUACUGUACCUUCUCAUUUGGUGGUAGGGCUGGUGUCUGGUGGGAAAGCGCCAAAGUUUUCUCCCCAAAGUGAAAAUUGGACAUAUAUGUUGAGUUCACUUAUUUCCUAAAGAUUCUGUGUCUUUCAAAGGCACUGGGGGCAACUGAGCAUCUCCCCAGCAAUGAGGAAGGGCAUGUUCUUGAUUCUCAGAGCAUCUCUUCAGAAACCCUGGAAUGGGGGUAAAUAAUUUAAAUAAUAAGAAUGUCUGUGUUGUACAAAGAUUAUAUCUAUUCCUCCUGUUUAAUUGGGCAACUGCAAUAAAGCCCUUUCUAAAAAUAAUUUCAGUGCACAAUAGAAGACUCUUCCCUCCCUCCCUCUUUUCUCCACAUUUUCUGAUUCUUAUAAUGACCCUGCAAACACUAAAUGUCAUUUGAGUGCAUUAAGCAGCAAACUCUCCAGUGACAUAGCAAUUACAGUUCUGAAAUAGAUUUGGUGUGUCAUCGAAGAUAAGGGUUUUGAAAGUUUCUGUUGUGAUUAUAGCUUGUAACUCCAACAAAUAACAGGCUUCAAAAUAAGAGCCUGCCAACAGGGCCAUUGUGGUGUUCCCUCAGUGAUGGCACGCAAAUUGCUAUUAAUGUCCUAAGUGUACUUGAAUAUGCCAGUCUCCGGGCGGCAGCGUUGGCUCAGUGUCUCUCUUUAUGCAGCUUGUCAUUGUUGAGCUGAUAAUCUUUGGUAAUUGCUGCUGCCUCUUGCUGUGGUCAGAAAGUGGAAGUGCAUGAGCUGGUUGCAUCCUCUAGGAGAUAGUAAACAAUGAGCUGCCUCUGUCCUGUAAAUAAUGUGGGAGCAGAGCAAGCUGGGCAGAUGUGCAGUCCCUGCAGAUAUGGUUUGCUGUUACCUGUCUCUGUUUGGGGAAUGAGAGUGAUCCUUCUUAGGCUUGAAAAUCUGUAAACCACAAUAUCCAGAAACACCAGCCAUCUGGGCAAAUGGGUUAGUCAAACUUUAGCCAACCUUGUGGAAGUAAUUACCUUAAUUUUGUAUCAAAAAGGUGCAUUCCUUAAGACUGAGGGCAGAGCAGAAUUUUGCAGUUCUGGAAAUCACUUAGACAUGACAGAUAUUACAAAUGGGGAAAACAAAACUUCAAACUGGGUUUUAUAUCUGGUUUGUAUCAAAUGCAUAGAGUAAUGUGAUCAUGUGAGGAGAAUUCUAGCAGAGGUGGGAGCUCAAAAGAGAUCACAGAUUAGUUGUUCAUUGGCAGGAACCAUUGUUCUUUUCAUCAGAAUGUGAAUAGGCAUUUCAGUGAACAGAACUUGAUCACCCUUAGCAAAGGUUAGUAUCUGUCCCUGCUUGAUGUACUUCAGUUAGUCAAAAUACUGAUAAUCCUUGAGAUUUAUUUGUUAAGACAGCUUGGCCCUGUAUAUGGCCUUUUGUUUGUUUGUUUGUUUUUGUCCAUGCUAAUUUUCAGCCACAUGACAGCAGGCUGAGCUGAUCAGAUGAUCCUUGAAAAUAGGUUCUUUAUUUAGCAUGGAGUUGGGGCAGGGGGCAUUUGAUCAUGGUUUCUUAUAUUUUCAGGGAUUGCAAUUAAGCACAAAAAUUUAUUUGUACUGCAUACAGACAUUUCAGCCUUCAAGAACAGACUUUAAAAUGUGCUGCUAUGGAACUCUUGGAAUGAGAGCUUUAAACAGGCAAUAUUUCUUUUUUCUCUUUUCCAUUCCUUUUCCUUUGGAUAUAGCACUUAGGCAUUCAAUAAUUCAUGAUUUGCAAUUUAUUAUGGGAAUACUUAGUUGAAAAAUAUUGGUAUGAGAUAAUAGAAGUACUCUACAAUAUGUGUAAUAUGCAAUUUAUAAGGACUUAAAAUUAAAUUAAAUAUUAGUCAUGUCUUUAAAGAAGAAUGAAUUUGGUGACUUUUAUUUUGGAGAAAAGCAGCUCUAAUAUAGAAUUUUAUUUGCUCUGGAUUGUAUCUGACAUUUCUGUUGAAUUUAAAAUUAUUUCUGCUGUUUUUUACAUCCUGAAAAGAUAUUUACCACAAAGAACAUCUUUGAGGUUAAAUAAGAGCCCUAUUCAGUAAUCUAGGAUUAUGUCUUGAAUCAAAAUGAGAUCAUGUUCCAAAUUAUUUCUUCAAAAUAAUAUCAGCAAGAUUAGCUAUGUAAGCUAUGUAUGUGUAGCACCACCCCCGAAGGGAUCACUGAAGUCCGAGUUCUCCUGGCCCUCUUAGUCUGGCUGCUAGUCCAAGGGAUCCCUUACUUGGACACUUCUGCUUGACAGAGGAACGUGGUGUGGUGGUGGUCAGUCUCUGUCAGCAGCAGCCCACAAUAGGUGAUGAUGGUCAGUCUCUGUCAGGCAGCUCACGUGAGAUGAUGAUGGUCAGUCUCUGGCAGCAGGCAGCUCAUGUGAGAUGAUGAUGGUCAGUCUCUGGCAGCAGCAGCUCACAUGAAACGAUGAUGGUCAGUCUCUGGCAGCAGCAGCUCAUGUGAGGUGAAGAUGGUAGUCAGUCCCUGGCAAGCAGCUCACAAUAGGUGAUUGUAGUUAGUCUCUGUCAAUAGGCUGCUCCCAUCUCUGGUAGUAGCAGCUCACAUGAGAUGAUGAUGGUCAGUCUCUGGCAGGCAGCUCAUGUGAGGUAAUGAUGGUCAGUCUUUCUCAGCUGCUCAUAGGAACCUCCCUUGUUCUAUCUCUUCUUCUCUCUUUGGCGUUUCUCCAUUGAAUCCUCUCCUACUCCCAUUCCCUUCUCUCCUUCAAGCUUGUUCUACAGAAACCUCUCUAUCUCUAUCCCCCCCACUCCAUCCAGCUUACUCACCAAAAAGAAUAAAAACAAACCCAACCAACCUCCUCCCUCACUCUCCCUCUGUCUGGCUUGCCACACAGAAACCAGGAAUAAUAAAAAAAAAAACCUUUUUGCCAACUUCCUACCUCGCUCUCCCUCCUUCUGGCUUGCCUCUCAGAAAAGAGAAAAUAAAAUCUUCUUUCCCCCCAGUCAAUCUCCCCCUUUAAAAAUCCCUCCCCAAGAGCCUUGCCCUGCCACCAGCCACUGCGGAGGCUGCCGGAGCUCCCGAACUCUCUGCCAAAUCCACAGAGCUCCAGCAAAGCCUCCCAGCCAGUGCCAAUCCCCCUCCCACUCCCUCUCUACUACACACUCCCCCCACCCAAAAAUUCUUUGGUCCCCUAAAGAAAUGCUUACCAAGAGUCUGGGUGUCCGAGGAUGGAUCAGAAUUUUGUCUAGCAGUAAGUACUGCCUCUUCUGUGCUGUGGCCAAGAGCAUCAUAUGUCAGUCUUCUAUUUGGAUGUAUCACUCAUUUUGAUCUCUGUACUUUGGAUUCGGCUGUAAUGAAAAUCCUCCUGGGACUUUCCGCACCCAAAAAUCUCCGGGAUUGGAGGUCCAUUCCCUGGUUCUGGUUGUUGUGAGGCAUGUGAAAGGAUUGAGACUGUCUCCAUAGGCUCCUCCAGCCCAUGAUCCCCUGGAGCGGGUGGCACUCUCUCCAGUUCUGGCAGCUCCUCAGACUGCUUGUCAGCCUUCCAUUAAGAACUUCUCCCCAUUCCCAAGUUUCAGAUACAAACUCAGGAGCAUCUGGCCUGAGCUGCUCAAACCCCAUUUCAGUGUCUGAUACAGGGGGAGCUGUUGCAAUAUUUUCCAAUGACCAUAACCAGUUCAUACAACCUUCUUCCUCUUCUGUGUCCUCCUCUUCUCCUUUCAUGGAUGAAUCAGGUUGUGCUUGAGUCACUGGUCUCCUCCUUGUCAGGCAUAGUCAGUUGUUUUUGGAGCAGAUGCUGAGAGACUCAUAUCGCCUCAUUUAGAGGCAAUAGAUGAUUUCAGUGCCAUGCUUUCAGAGGCCUCAGCUCCCUUCUGGUCAAAUCUGGUACACUGGCAAUCCAUGUAGCUUCUCACUGACAAUGUAUGACUGAAAACUUAAUUGGUCUGCUAGUUUAUGCUUCCCAGGAAUGCCCAGAUUUCUCAGUAAUACCUAAUCACCAGGUUGCAAAUCUUGAAUCCUCUCCUUCAGACCAUAAUUCCUCCUGUUUCUCUGUUCUUGAACCUCUGAAACGUCUACAGCCUUCUCAUAUGCCAUCUUCAGAUUCCUCCUCAACCUGUCUACAUAAUUGCGGUGUGAACUGAAUGAAGUUUCAUCCAUUGAGAUGCCAAAUGCUAUAUCUACCGACAGCUGAACCUCCCUGCCAAACAUCAGUCGAUAUGGUGUAGUAAUCAGUCCUUAGUCAUUGAAGGGUGCAAAGAAAUGGCCGCUAGCACGCAGCAUUUAUUUGUUUUUAUAGAGUUUUACAAAUAGCAAAAGUUACUGCAUGGCAAUAGCAUUUCAUU